AAACAAACUUAAAUUUAAUCAUGAGUCAAACUUUUGGUAACUCCGAUAUUCACUUCAACAAAGAUUUUGAUGAAGUUGAUGCUGAUGGUGUUUUGGUCAUCAACAAGCAAAACAGAGAACAAGCUAAAUACCCAGAUUUCUUGCCAACUUGGGACCCAAGUGUCAAGUUGCCAUCUUUGAAAUUUGAAAAGUAUAUUGACCCAGCUACUAGAGCUGACCCAUCUUUCCCAAACUUGUUCCCAAAAGGAGGUGACUAUACUGUUAAGAGAAUCACUCCAAAAUUCGGUUCUGAAAUUGAUGGUAUUCAAUUGUCUCAGUUGAACGACCAAGCCAAGGAUGAAUUAGCUUUGUUGCUUGCUCAAAGAAAGGUUUUACUUUUCAAUGAACAAGAUUUUGCUGAACAAGGCCCAAAGAAAGUGGUUGAAUUCGGUAAAUAUUUUGGUAACUUACAUGUUCACCCAUCUUCUGGUGCUCCAAAAGAUGCUCCUGAAUUACAUAUCACUUACAGAAGACCUGAAAAGGGAGAAUUAUCCAGAAUUUUUGCCCACAAGACAACUAACACUGGUUUCCAUUCUGAUGUCUCCUACGAAAUCACUCCUAGUAGAUUCACACUUUUCCAAGUUCUUGAAUCUGGUGAUGGUGGUGAUACUGUCUUUGCUGAUACCGUUGAAGCUUUCAACAGAUUAUCUCCUGCUUUCCAAAAAUUCUUAGAAGGUUUACAUGUUUUGCACACUUCUGAAGAUCAAGCUGCAAACUCUUCCCAACAAGGUGGUGUUCAAAGAAGAAAGGCUGUUUCCAAUAUUCACCCAUUAGUCAGACUUGAUCCUGUUACCGGUGAAAAGAGUCUUUACAUUAACAAAGCUUUUGGUCGUCGUAUUGUUGAACUCAAGCAAGAAGAAUCUGAUAAUUUGUUAGAUUGGUUGCACAACCAUAUUGUCAAGAGUCAUGAUAUUCAAUUGAGAGUCAACUGGGAAAGAGGUCAAAAAAGAAAGGUUGCUUUAUUCCACAACAGUGGUGUCUCCCAUUCAGCUUCCUUUGACACCGAAGAUGGAGAAGUGAGACACGCUUACAGAAUUUCUGUAAUUGGUGAACGUCCAAUCUCUGAUAUCAAGGAUCUUAACAAGGAAGAAUAUGCUGUUGGUGAUUUAGAGCAAGCUUUAAAUCAACUUAAGCCAACUUAAACGGAAUUUGUGGAAUUU